GAUUGCUAAAGUGCACCACAUAUACUCGUCAAAUUCGUUUUGAUUCCAAUCCGUUUCGUGUCUUUCCAGCAAAACCGCAAGGGGAGAAGGCACAUCAACCCUUUCGCCUUCUAGAUCAGCUAACCAGUCGCGACAUCAAAAACGAAUUGAUAGCAUCAUGACAGAGCGUAAAGCUGUGAUAAAGAAUGCAGACAUGCACGAAGAUAUGCAGCAAGAUGCUGUGGAUUGUGCCAGCCAGGCAUUAGAGAAGUACAACAUUGAGAAGGAUAUUGCCGCUUUUAUCAAGAAGGAGUUCGACAAGAAAUACAAUCCAACGUGGCACUGCAUUGUUGGACGCAACUUUGGUUCAUAUGUGACACAUGAAACCAAGCAUUUUAUAUACUUUUACCUAGGCCAGGUUGCUGUUCUUCUAUUCAAGUCUGGAUGAAAUGACUAUUUAGUCUCAAUCACGUGCAGUCAACGACUCACUACACAGCAAAGAGAAGCAGUGAUUCCAAAUAUAUUAAUAUAUUGUUGUGGCUAGACCUUAAGCGUGACUUUAGGCAGACUACUAUUCAUAUUGGCCGAACAGAUAAUAUUUCGAUAGCAUACAGUCUUCAUUGCUUUUGUUUAUUCUAAU